GCAAUGUGGGAUCGGCCUCUUCUCUUGCAGAUGUGGUGCAGCGCUGGCGCCAACCCAUGAGACCGCCCCUACUGACCACGCUAGACCUAGUGCGCGCAGCAGCACAGGGCGGGUAUGCGGUGGGCGCGUUCAACGUGUAUAACCUGGAAGGGGUGAGGGCUGUGGUGAAGGGAGCAGAAGAGGAGAGGAGCCCAGCUAUCAUCCAGGUAGCAGAGGGCGGGUAUGCGGUGGGGGCAUUCAACGUGUAUAGCCUGGAAGGGGUGAGGGCCGUGGUGAGGGGCGCAGAAGAAGAGAGGAGUCCGGCCAUCAUCCAGGUAUGCAACAUUGCGGUGGGAGGGGGUGAGUGCGGUGGUGCAGGGUGA